AUGGCGAUCAUUACAUCCAAACAAUAUAUUACCAUUUACAAUGCACUACAAGCCAUAGAGUGGAUUAAUUUAUUAUUAUUUAGAACUGUUCGACCUCUGCUUGAGAAACAUGGUGGUCGAUUAAAAUUUACAAACAAACAAGUUUUGGAACGAUUAUCAGCGAAAAAACCGUCAUUAUGGACUUUCAAUAGAAAAUAUCUUAAAACUAUUCAAACUUUGCAAUUAAUGGAGACCGUUCAUGUCAUUACAGGUAUAACUCCAAAUUCAUCUCUCUCAACAACUCUAGGACAGACACUCGGCAGAAUGUUUAUUACUUAUUUUAUAGCAGAUGAUUUACCAAAUAAUGAUUUACUGACAGACAUUACAAUGUUCACUCUACAAGUAUCAUGGGCAUUGGCAGACAUUAUUCGAUAUUCACAUUACAUCAGCCAAACGUGUGAUUUAGAAAAAGAUCCCAAGACAGCCAAAGUUGUGAAAUUAUUGAAAUUUUUAAGAUAUAAUGCAUUCUUGAUUUUAUAUCCUAUUGGCAUGUUGAGUGAAAUUGGAUUAGUGUUGAUGACACGACGAAUUGUGAUGCAGAACACAAUCAACAACAACAACAAGAGGCAUUUGAAAAAUUUCAAGAUUGCUGUUUUUUCAUUCCAAUCAUGGAAUCGAUGA